AAAAAAUAAUGAUGAAUGUAGCUAAUAAAUAAAUGUGUUUGUUUGGAUGGAUGGAGACAUAAACCAACAGAGGAUAAUUAUCAUUAAUCGUAAUAAAUCUAUUCACUUUGUACAAAACGGUUACAAUUCUUUAAUUUUGCACGUUUUGGUAAAACAAGUUUAAGCAAAUAACGAAGUGGUCAAUCCAUCCAAUUCCGUCCAAAAUUUUGUUACCUAUUUCCUAAUCAGCAUGACAGGUCAUUACAAAUAUUAAUAAAAAAAUCAAUUAAUCGCCCCACUUAACCGGGACAACCCAACCGGUCAUAACAAGCUCUUUACCCACCCCUUCCCGAAUUGCAGAAAGCCAACGACCCUUCUCGUCUCGAGUUUGUGGCUGCAAAUCGACAGAAUGCUAUUCCCUUCACCCUUCUUCUUUCAAGCUAAUCGAUCUUCCCUUGACGGUGACGAUGACUCCCCACCCGCAUCCUCAACUCCAGAUUCCAAUUAACCCGUUUCAACCCCUUCUUCUGCUACUACGGGUUCAGAUGCCUUCGAAUCGAGACUCGAUUCGUCGACCCUGGCGCUACUACGACGCCAGCUUCGCCGAAUGGGACGAAGACGAGUUCGAAGGCCUUCUGACUGCUGCGGAUACUCCGAUGACUCCAAAGUCUGGUGGCGCUAGUAGCGACGAGAAGGAAACCAAGAUCCAAAUUCGAAGCAGCAACUAGCGGGUUUGAUUUUUAUAUCUCCGGUGGCCGGCGUAGAUGGGGGAGAGACAGAGAGAAGGGAGAACCGAUGAUGGUAAAGUUCGUCUGCCUCGGAUUGGGGCUGAGAAUUUAUUCGGGUGAGGCAGAAUCAGGGAAGACUAAUUGAUUUCCUUGGGCCUAAAUAUAUGCUUCUGGGGGAAUUAAAUUGAAUUUAUGUUUGUCUUUGCUAAAAAAAAAAUUGCCCAAGGGGGUGGGUAAUUCAGGAAGGGGUGGGUAAAGACUUACUACCGGUUGGGUUCUGCUAAGUGGAGUGAUUAAUUGAUAUUUUAAUUAAUAUUUUUAUGACAUGUCAUACUGACUGGGCAACAGGUAAUAGAAUUUUGGACGGAAUUGGACGGAUUGACCACUUUAUUAUUUGCUUAAACUUGUUUUACCAAAAUGUGCAAAAUUAAAGAAUUGUGACCGUUUUGUACAAAGUGAUUAGAUUUGUAACCAUUUAUGAUAAUUACCUACCAACAGAUGUGCCCAACGAUGUAAAUAUGGGUAUUAUUAUUAUUAUUAUUAUUAUUAUUAUUAUUAUGAAUGAGCCCCACCUGCCUGCCUGCCUCUACUGUUUAUUUUUCUGCCAUGAAAGAAAGAAUCAUAAUCGUUUUCAUUUCACCGCACAAAAAAAAGGCUAAUCAUUCACCUCUCUCUCCGUGAAUAGAUUUGUAACCAUUUAUGAUAAUUACCUACCAACAGAUGUGCCCAAGGAUGUAAAUAUGGGUAUUAUAAUAAUAAUAUUAUUAAUAUGAAUGUGUUUACCCAUAAAAAAAUCAGCUUGUACCACAUCGAUUAAUUACAAGAGGAUUAAUGGAUUUAUAAGGUCAGCUCAACAUUAAUGAUUAAAAGAGAUAGCUGGGCCUUGUUGGGUUGGGUUUUUGGGCCUAGGUGGCCAAACCCCUUCUCCUCUAUACGAUGGCCAACCCGUCUUCGUGACCCCAUAGUCGGACGAUGCUUCCACCCCUUGGUAUGAAAUUUGACUAAGUAUUUAGACCCAACCACAAGGGGGUCAUGCAUGACCUCGUCCAAGUAUUUAGACCCAACUACAAGGGGGUCAUGCAUGACCUCGUCCAAGGGGGGUCAUGCAUGAUAUCGUCCAAGGGGGUCUCGUCCAAGGGGGGUCAAGCAUGAUACCAUCCAAGGUGAGGCGAGUACGACGAGGCGUGAGCUAGCUGUGGUGGCAAAGAGAGCCAAAAUUUGACUAAGUGUUGAGACCCAUAGCACAAGGGGGUCAGACAUGACAUCAUCCCAGGGGGGUUAAGCACUAUGCCAUCUACCUACCUUGCACCAGGGUGGUCAUGCAUGACAUCGUCCAAGGGGGUCAUGCAUGAUACCAUACAAGGUGAGUCGAGUAUAACGAGACGCAAGGGGGUCUAGCCACCUACUGGGUAUCAAUCAUGUUGGCAAGGGAAGAAGCGCAACGCGAGUCCCUAGACCAUUGUGGUGAAGAAAGCCAAAAUUCGGCUAAGUAUGGAGAUCCAACCGUCCAAGGGGGGUCAUGCAUGAAUUCGUCCAGGGGGUUUCGUCCAAGGGGGUCUCGUCAAGGCAGUCAAGCAUGACACCGUGCAAGGAGGGUGUCAAGCAUGACACCGUGCAAGGAGGGUGUGAAGCAUGAUAACCAGACAUGGCCAUAGUAAGAGGGUACCAAGCCGGCAAGGCAGGGCUUGGUACCAAGACAUGAAAAGCAUGAAUUUGGCUAAGUAUGAAGCCAACGGGGUCGGCAAGAUAGGCUAGGCAGCCAAGCAAGGCGACAGGGUAUCAUACCCCUUGGUAUCAUGACCCCAAGGGGGUGUCAAGCCAACAAGACAAGAAAUUCGACUAAGGCAUGGUGACUAGCUGAGGUGGCCACCCAACUAUGGAUGGAUCUACCAGGAUGUCGAGCUCAGCCCUUAUGAGGCCAUAUGGAGACAAAGUCCAAAGACGGGCUUGGUAGCACCUUCACAGGGUACCAAACCGGCAGGGUGCAACUUACCACUUGACGAGGCUACAAAAACUAAGUAUGGAGGUCAAGUAGGGGUGGGCAUACGGUUCGUAAAACCGAACUGAACCUAACCGAACCGAAUAUAAACCGAACCGAAACCAAAUUAAUGUUAUUCGGUUCGGAAUUCGGAAGAGAAAAGGGCAUAUUUCGGAAACCAGGGUCCUUUCGACCGAACCGAAUUUCCGAAUUCCGAACCGAAAAACCGAAUUAUUAUAAUUGCAACCUCUAAAUGGUGGAUUUUUAUGUUUCUAAUUAUUAUGAGACUUAAAUAUUUGAAUUAUAUUAGUGUUUUAUGACUUAUGUGUUGAAAUGUUUGAUUUUAUCAUUGAUGAUACAUAUUUAUUGUUUACAUUAGGGUGAAAAAUAAUUUAAAAAAGAGAAAAUACAAGCUAACUCACUAUUUUGGUUUUGUAUGAAAACCGAACCGAACCGAAUUAUAAUUCGGUUUGAAUCGACCGAACCGAAUUAUAAUUCGGUUCGAAUUCGGUUUGAGGUUUGAUAGAAUUCGGGGACCCGGUAUGUAUAAUUUCGGUUCGGUUUGAACCGAACCGACCGAAUGCCCACCCCUAAGGUCAAGCCACCAGGACUGGCUUGGUAGUAAGGAUUACAUUGGUUUGGUGGCAUGCCGUUGAGAUCAAGACCUCAUCAUGGUUCAUGGAGGCUAAGGUAAGAGCCUCAACCCCAUCCAGUUAUGACAGGGCGACAAGGCUCAACACCAACCCGACCCGGCAUCGAGGCCAUCAAGUACCCACCAACCCCAAGACUGGACAAGGAGCUCCAAGGCAAUGGAGGUAAAGACCAAGACAGCGGUUACCAAUUGGCAACCAAGGCAACGAAAAGAGGUCCCUAAGGCGUUUGGAGCAAUAAGCCGGCUAGCAGUUACCAAGGCAGUUACUCCUAGUGGCUAUAAAUAGAAGAAACGAAGAAGAAGCAAGGGUUCCACAACCAAACAUUUGACGCACAAUGUCAAAAUUUAUCUUUUCUCUGCAAAUCAGCUUUUAGUUUUCGGAGCUCUCACUGAACCUCCAUAGGAGUAGAGUAACUUAGAUUGUUCCCAAAAACCAUCAAAAACAUCAAACACCCUCGUUCGAACAUUGUUCGGAGAGGUGUGAACCAUGUUGAUUGUCGUUGUUCAAGAAGUCAAGGUGCAAUCAUUUAAUUCAAACACCAGUUUUUCCUCGCCGCCGAAAAACAGAAUGAGCCCUGCCUGCCUCUACUGUUUAUUUUUCUGCCAUGAAAGAAAGAAUCAUAAUCGUUUUCAUUUCACCACACAAAAAAAAAGGCUAAUCAUUCACCUCUCUCUCCCCAUAUGGCAUCGUUUAGCUUCGUCAGAGUAUAAUGUGAGUCAGUCAAGAAUAAUUUGACUGUAAAAAUGGGUAAGAGAUAGACUUAGUAUCAUAUGUCUUUUUGAAGGAAAAAAAUUAACAAUUUUAUUUUAGCAAGAAAAUUUAGGUGCUAAUUCCAAACUAAACAGCGUGACAUAAAACUACGUAAUGAAGGACCCGAGAAAAAAAUGAACUCUAAUAGAGUAUGAACUAGAUUAUUAAAAGAUAAUCAGAGAAGAAUUCAAGUAGGCAAACGUUGCCAUGUAGAUAUGCCCGACCCGUUAUAAUCAAUUAAUUUCAUAUAAUAUUGGGCAAGUAGUAGUUAUAAAUUUGUACUUCUUUCUUCCUCAAUUAGAAAAUUUCAAAGGUCAGCUAUAUAUAUAUAUGGUUACCAUUAAUGGGUCAGAGGUGAGCUCACAAGUCACAAAGCAAGAUGUUUAUUUGAACACACUUGUAAUGAGAUGUGCCUGUCGAUCUAAAGGUGUCACUGAUUUGUAAUAAUUUAGCUUAACAAAUUGUUUUUACAUUGUUUUCUACAAUUGCUUUGCUUAUGUGCCGACUGUCUUGAUAACAUCUAAGUUUAAAAUAAUUUCAAAAUUAAACUACCAGUUUGUGCAAUUAGUCAAUGUGUUUAUUCAGCAUUGAAAAUAACAUUUUUCUUGUUGCCUUCAUAGUAUUCUUGUUAGCAAGCACAAGGACAUACAAACGUUAAAUAUAUAUAAAAACGUAACCAAACACAAAAAAAAAUCAAAUUCUAAUUAACUUAGAGUAGCAGGAUAUAUAAAAAAAAAAUCUUAUUCAUCACUAAAUAAAUAUUAUGAAACGUAGGUAAAACUGCACCAUCCAAAGACAGAAUUGUCGACCGGGGACCAAAGACAGCUAACUUAGCUGCAUGCACGAACCCUUCCUUCUUCAUGUACAUUAAAUUCUGAUGUGCUCUUUCUCCUUAAUACAUGUACACAUUGAAGUCCCAUCAGUAUUAUUAGGUUAACUACCGUCCAAUCCAUACACUUAAUUUGUUGCCUUGAAAUCCUUCACAUACAUCAUAUUCGCUAGUUUCGAAAUUUAAAUUUAUAGAUGCAUUAGAAUGGUGGGGAUUAAAAUUGAGUUUGUGUAUGUGAGUGAUAAUUCAUAAUUGAUAGAUCGUUGUCUUGAUCUUACCUACUUUAAUUAAUCAUAAUAAUUUAAUAAACGUGUAGAAAACAAUAUCGGAUGGAUGAAUCAUUGUCCUACGGAAAAUGAAGUGUAGUUCUAGCAAUGAAGCAUAGGUUCAAUCGAAAUGUUUAUUUACAUGUACAUAACUAAAUUCUUGAUUCUUAGAGAAAUUAAACUGCAUAAGGAUGAACUGAAACUAGCUUCUUGUUGCAUGUAAAUCAAUAGGCAUUGGAUAGCAUUUUGGAACUACCUUCUUCCACACUACGGAGAGCUAUGGAACAAGAAAGAACAUUGAAAUCUCACACACUCAACCAAUGAAAAAUUUCGAGUGAUCCAAAAGGGAUUCCUUGUCCCAUCAAAUAUUGAAUGAGAACAUUAGAGUUUUUGGGCCCUCUCCCUCUCCUAGUCUCCUUAAAUGUGUUUGUGUGUUUUAUUUCCAUAUACACUUUAUCUUGUGGAAUUAACAUUAUUCAUCAUACCAUACCUAAUUAUAUCGUAUAUGCUUUGCACCUCCCUUGGGUUUGGAGAAAAAAUUUCCGAGUAGGGGUAUAUACAAAUUCGAACCAAUGACCAUUCAGUUGCAGGAAGAAUUUCUUAUCAUUUCGAUCGAGUGAGUUUUGUUAUGUAAUGCACUUUCGUCUUUAUUUAUAGUAAUAAAUUGUUGUCUUUUGUUUAAACUCGCUCAUUUUUUUUUAGCUCUACAACAGAGAAAUUUCUUGUCUUUUGUUUAAACAAAGUUGAAAGUGAAGAAGUACCAAUUGAAGUUCACUUGUUUGUUUCACAAAAUCAAUUCCAAGGUACUUCUGAGUUCUAAUUUGUAAUAUUUGAUGAAUGGAAGUCUUGAUUUGUAUGUACUGAACUUAUUUGUUUGACGUUGUAACCGGUGUACGUGAAACUAUUUUAAUGUAAUUGUGUGAAUUUAGAGUAUUGCGUUGUUGACUUUUUGUUUAAUUUAAAGUUGACUUUUCUAUUGUAUAGGUGAUUUUUUAUGAUAUGAUAAAGACACCCCCUUGGCCAAUUUCCUGGCUCCGCCACUGCCGAUAAGUCCAUGUUAUUAUGUGAGAUUGUGCGCUUGAGAUUUCGCAUGAAAUUUUGACCAAUUUGAGAUGUCUUCGUCGUUCACUCUCUUCGAACAGGACAUGUGGAUUGACCAGGUUCUUCUUCGGCUAAUGAUACCUUGAUCCCGAAGCCUGUGAAAUGAUUCAUCUAACAUGAAGCUCUAUGCGAGUAUGAUUCAUGUUGGGUAAAAGAUAUAAGACCCAACAGCCUAAUGAAAGACUUAUUUUAUCGUAAAUUGGUCCAAAAUCUUGAAAAAUAUUAGAUAGGUAGAUAGAUGUUCAAUGUGUUUCUAUAAGGAAUUCUCUAGCACAAAAUUGAGUAUAGGUUCAUGAAAUUUAUAGAGGUUUAGUUUAGAUGCUAACGUUAGGAACACCUCUGGCCAAACCCCAACCUAAUUGUCUUGCCCUCCCCAUAAAUACCCUUUCAUCAUCCCCUACCCAUAAAGUUGAGCUGUUUAGUUGACUGUAGGGCCGAUUAGUGGUUAAGGCAAGGCUCCUUAUUGUAGUAGAAUAGGUGCACUAAUAUUUAUCAUCUACACUUAAUUCACUCAAACUCAGAGGUUUAGGUUAACUAAUCCAAAUAGAGGUCAAAAAUAUAUAAUUACUAGCUAGGUGGUGGCCGAGCUUUGCAACGGCCUGCAGUUGAUUUUUUUUACUUUGUUGGGUAGUCAUUUGUGUGUAUUAUUUUGUUUUAAUAAUCUAACAUCAUUACAUCUUACAUUACAAAAAUGCGUAAAUACUAUUCACCUAAUUUUAAAAGUAGUCUUAAGACAUCUAAUUUUGAAGUUUGAUUGGUAACAUGAGUCUAAUACGAUGACAUAACACAUAAGGAUUAAUGAAAAUUAGGAAUGGAAAUCGAUCGUGUUGGGGGGCAGAUAGUGCAUAUCAAUUAUCCUACCUAGAAUAGUUUGGUUUACUCAUACUCACAGAAGAAUCGAGGAGAAAAUUAAAAUCAAGCCAAUUCUCGAUGAUUCGGGUUUUCACGUGUUAUCCAUGGGUAAUAAUUUUUAUUUAUAUAUAAAUCUAACCAACAUGUUAACAUUCACUCGUAUAAUGACAUUGCGUACGACAAUAAAAAUCACUAAAAUGAAGAAAAUUAGUUAAAACAAAACAACUGCACGAAAAUAUUAUAUAUUAUAAUAAAUAUCAAGGUUAUAGAGAAAAAUAAUGAGCUUUCUAGAAAAAAUACAUAUGCAUGUGUAUAAUCGAGCAUAUUUGGGUUGCAUAGUGAGAAAAUCAUGCCCAUCCAUUGAUGUAAUAUUCGGAUUCAAAUUUUUUCACACCCACUAAAAAUCACUCGAGUUCGAAUUUUACCCUAUCUGAUUAAGUCAGAUUCGGGUGGAUACCACCGUUGCAAAUUUAUUUCCACAGUUACAACAUUAUCAGAAGUUCACAACUCUCAAAUUGAGAAAUAUUUUUUAGAACAGGUGCGAAUCCAAAUAUCUCAUGCAAAAAACGUACAACUAUGGAUUACGUGGAAGUUGCAAAAUCUUAAAAUGGGAAAACAUAUGCAUAAAAAAAAAGAACCAAUGAGAGCAAAAGUAUAGGCAACAGUAACAUGGAUUGAGCCUUAUAUAAUAUAAUUUUUCUUCACUUCACUUCAAUUAUUUGGUUGUUUUUAUUUGUUGAGGAAACACAUGGAACCACAUAAGCAACUAAGUUGUCCAACGAGGAGGAAAGGAAAAUAAGCAAAAUAUAAAUUGUAACAAAACUAAAUAAUUAAAGGGUUCCCUACAUUCACAAUGCAGCCUUAUAUUAGUUUAGUUCAAUUUUGACACAAAUUAGACCAUACUGCCUCUAAGAUGGAAACAAUCAUGCAAUGUUUCUAUAAGUAAAAAGAUGUCCUAAUUUCAUAAUGUAAUAAUCCAAAAGUAAGUUGUACACCACAAAAACAAUAUCUUUCUUGUAUUCCUCUCCCAAACAAAACAAAACAAAACAAAGAUAACUAAGUCGUAUAAGAGUACAUGCAUAACCAUCAAUAGAACUCUCAUCCAUAAGAGUAUAUGCUUAACCACUGCAUUUGUAAAUGUCGCAAGUUUCUACAGUCACAUUUUAAUCUGUCGAAAUAAAAUGUCGGCGAUAUAUGUACCAACACUUUGUGUAAAUGUCGCAAGCUUCUAUAGUCACAUUUUCAUAUGUCGAAAUAGAAUGUUGGAAGAUUUAUGUACCAACACAUUUUGUAAAUGUCGCAAGGUUCUAUAGUAACAUUUUCAUAUGUCGAAAUAAAAUGUUGGAAGAUAUAUGUACCGACACUUGUUAGUAAAUGUCGCAAGGUUCUAUAGUCACAUUUUCAUAUGUCAAAAUAAAAUGUCGGAAGAUAUAUGUACCCACAUUUUUUGUAGAUGUCGUAAGGUUCUAUAGUCACAUUUUCAUAUGCCGAAAUAAAUGUCGCACAAUGUAGGUACCAACAGUUUCUGUAGAUGUCAUAAUAACUUUAAGCGACAAAAUAAAAAACGAUAUUUUAAUUCAAUUAGCCGUCAUUUUUCAUAAUUGUCGGCGCAAAACUACACCGACAUUUUGACAUCUUUGAGCAACGUUUGAAAAUGAUGACAUAUACAGUUUUUUUUUUGUAGUGAUCCUACUACGAAUCCCCCGCCAAGUAAUCACUCGAUAGUGAUUCACUGUGAUGGGUCGUUCUUUAGCGACUCCCAGUCGGCGACAUAUGAUGUUGUUGUCGUUAACCACCAUGGACAAGUGUGUGAUGGGAGAGCUGAAAAUCUUCUUUGUUCCACCCCGAUUGAAGCGGAAGCAAAGACUCUCUUGGAAGGAAUUAAAUUAGCACAAGAAUAUGGAUCAGUAUGUACAGUGCAAACUGACUGUCAAAUGCUGGUGAAGGCCCUGAAUUUAGAGCUGUCAAAAUUGAACCCGACCCGGCUAACCCGUCCAAACCACCGGACCCACAACCCAUCCGUAACCCGAUUUGACAAAAAGUCAACCACCCGAAGCCCUCCCGUAACCCGAAACCAAUUGACCCGUAAUCCGAUCAACCCAUAACUCGAUGAACUAGUUAUCCGAUCCAACUCAUAACCCGACCCAUCUAUAACACGAAUGAUUCAUAACCCAAAUAACUCGUAACCGAACCCAACUCGAAUAACCCGAAUAACCCAUUUGACCCAAAUGCUUGUAUAAAAUCAAUGUAUACAUUAUUAUAUUUUAAAAUUUACCAAGAAAGAACUGUUGUCCUCAUAAUAAUCGAAAAUUAUUUGUAGAAUUAAUGGUAUAAAUUGAGGUUUUUUCUUAAAUAUUUAAUUUUUAAAAUAAUAAUAUGUGAAAUAUCUUUUCAUUCACUUUUUAUUUUAUGAAAUUCAAAGAAUAAAAUUUUGAAGAUAAUAGGGAGAGUUAGACACAAAUUAGUAUCUCCACCACCCAUAACUAUAUUAAAAAAAUCAACCCCAUGAAAAUUAAUGAAAUCCCCAAAAUCAAUGAUCCCUAUCAAGAUAAAUAAGUGGAUAGUUUACCCUUUUUACUUCAUUCUCAACUUUUUAAUGAUUUUAUUUAUUUUUAUAAGUUAAUAAAUCGACGAUUCGAACUAGAUGAUAAUAUCAUAUUUGAGCGAACCGUUGUUCGACCCAUGAGUUUUAGGAUAAGAUGUUACCGUGAAUAUAUAAAAAAUUGUGAAGAUAUAUCAGUAGAUACAUAAGUGGGUGAUUCAGAAUGAUGUUCAUAAGUCUUUGUGGAAAUGAAGAGACACUCAUCUAGUUUAUACUAUAUUUAAUUAAGACGGUUCAUUUCGAGAUGUAUAAGCAUAUAGUCUACCUUUUUUACUUCAUUCUCAAAUUUUUACUGAUUCAAUUUUUUACAAAUUAAUAAAAUAAGUGAAGUUACAAUCUCUUGCCAUAAACAAAAAAAAUUACAACCAACAAUAAAGAUUUUAUGUACACUAUUUUAUUUAUAUUUAGUUUUUAUACUAACAUAAUGGAUAUUUAAUUUGUAUGUGUAAAAUAUUAUCAUAUUAUCAUAUUCUUAAAUUUUGUAUCAUUACCUACAAUUUAUAUUCAUAUAUUGAUAGUUUGUAAAACAUUAUUUUCUGUCAACAAGUAAAUGAUCCAAUGGGUUGACCCGAAUAACCCAUAAUCCGAUCUGACCGAACUCGAAUUAACCCGCAAUCUAAUAAACUCGUAAUUUGAUGCACUCGUAACCCGAUCCGUAACCCAAUUGACCAGUGACCUGAUUGACUUGUAACCUAAUUGACCUGCAACCCAAUUAAACCCGAUCCAAAUUGAAACCGACCCGAUUGAACUCACAACCCGAUUAGACCCAAUCCGAAUCCUCCCAAUUGACACCUCUACCCUGAAUCAUAGUCAGUCUCGAUGGCUCUCGAGAUGUGCAGUCUGGAUUAGAACAAUGGUCAAUAUCCUUAGGUCUUACCCUGCAAUUUCGGUGAAAGAGGUUCUGAGGGCGUUGAACGUCAAAGCUGAUUGGGUUACAUGAUCAAAAGCUAGAUCUAUUCUGCCAGAUGACUGGAUUAAUAUUCUUAAUCUAAUUUCUUAUCUCCUUUAAGAUUGUAAUCGCUUUUUAGCAUGUUUCUUUCCUGCCAUCUAAUUCGUGACGUGGAUGAUCCGCCGAAUCCAUUGCUGACUUCACCACGAUCGAUUAGGUGAAACGGUUCUGAAAAGUUUCUUUGUUCAUACAGGCAGCGUGGUUAUAGUAGGCCAGCCAUGCAAUUCGUACUGCAUGGCGAUAUUAUUCUACCACUCUAUAAAUGGAGGCUCGAUAAGUGUCUUCACUUCAUCAAAUUCAAAUCAAAGAAAUUUAGUAAUAGCACGUAUGGCUACUAUUGCAGAUGCAGUAAGGCUUGCUGAAGUUGUAAACGAAAUAGAGCACGUAGAAAACGAACUGCGCCAACGCCGGAGACUCGUAACUACUUUUUUUGUGGUUGGAAUAAAAGUUGGCAUUAUUUGUAAAAAAAAGUCUCAUCCAUAUAAUAACAAUAGUUCAUGAUCACAAGACGAAUAAAGCACAAGACAUCCGUCCCUCGAGAAAAUUUUGAUGACUUGAAGCUAAGCAUGGAAAGAGGCAAAGAGCUACUCUUCAAUUCCCCCUAGCCUAAUUAUUCACAAUGUAGUAUGAAGUUUUAGCAGUGAUGACCGACCCGUGCUAAUUAAGCACCCAUCAUUUUUACUUUAACCCAAUUAUGCCGCUUCUAGGCAUGCUUUUACCCCUUCAAUCAAUCACCACCAUCUGAACCUUCUAUGAGACAAAAGAAAAAACAUUAAUUAAUCAUAGAAAAUGAAAUUUCUUGAUAAUUUCAAAUUUAAUUACAGCGUUUAUCGAGCCUCCAUAUAGCGUUCAUCGUUCCACUUCGCCUUGCGUAAGUAUAAUAGGGUUGCCCAUCUCGUGGCGAAACAAGCCCUCUCAUCGUUGGAUCAUUGAUUGGUCGAUCAACGACUCUUCCUUAAUUAUACUUUGUACAUUUGACCUACAAAGGUCCCUUUAUUAUGCCGUAUCUGUUGUAUUCCCUCUUGGGAUAUUUUUGACCAAAAAAAAAGCAAACUUGGUUACGAUUCUUAGAGCAGGACCAUAGCUAGCCAAAGCUGCUAUAUUUUAGUGCUCUGAAAAUUUUUUCAUUUCCCCCUACGGAUUUGAGUAUGAAAGGCCGACCCUAGCGAAUAGUCCACGCGGGCUACGCGGCUUAAUUCCGGUCAGGCGGUCACUCCCUAAGAAAUAGGCACUAAUAAUAGAUGAGCUCUUUGCUCCUGGUAGACUGAUUGGUGUUCAUUAAUCAAGUCAGUUUGCUUCUUUCUUUUACUGACGUAAUUGAUUUGCCCUUCCUUCCUUCCGAUUCCGCUACUGCGUUCGCAAGGACCACACUAACUUUAAAGAGAAAGAAGGCCUCUUAUUCAAGGCGAUGUACCUUAAAGAGUGAUGUGUCGCUCUACAACGUUAUUAUGGCUAUUGUGGGGGAACCUUGGAUAAAAAAGAAUUUUUCUC